AGCUGUUUACGUAGCUUGGAUUACUGCAGGCAGCUAGUAGGAAACACUGAACGCAUAAACGCGUGAAUUUAAUGAGUAUUCAUAUCGAAGAUAAAUAUGGGUACGAACAAAAAAUAAAGUCAGUAAAGCGAGAGGUAAACUAGGUACCCCUAAACAACCUAUACCUGUUAAGAUAGCACCACACUAGCUAGCUAGCUAGCGUUGGAUACCCAAACAUUUGUUAGCAUUGUUUAUACAUUGCAGCCAUGACUCUGGUCGUUGACCGAGAACCCAGAAAGACUGCGGGUAACCGCAUGUCAAAGCUGCUGGAUGCUGAAGAAGAGGAUGAAUUCUACAAGACUACGUACGGAGGCUUCAACGACGAAUCGGGAGAUGAUGAGUAUCAUGGAGAACAUUCAGACACAGAGGAUGAGGUGGACAGCGACUUCGACAUCGAUGAGGGCGAUGAGCCAGACAGCGACCAGGAGGACGAUGCACCUCGGAGGAAAAGUCGAGUGGUCACUAAAGCAUAUAAGGAACCAAUAAAGGUGGCAAAACCCAAACCCAAAAGACCCUCAGAGGAACAGAAGAAGACUGAGAAAGUUAAAGUAGAGCUCAAACGGAGGAUUCCACAAGAAUUCCAAGAUUUUUGCGAGACUCGGAAGUCUGUGCGACAAUCCACCAGUGAACAUACGCGGAAGACCAAUCUGCGUUUGCAAGAGCGUCAGGAUGCCCCUCGGAGACGGAGAGGUGCCCAUCGGGACCGGCCCCUCACUCAAGAAGAACUGCUGGCUGAAGCCAAAAUAACAGCAGAGCUCAACAUUCGAUCUUUAGAGAACUAUGAACGUCUGGAGGCGGACAAGAAGAAACAAGUCCACAAGAAGCGUCGUUUUGAUGGGCCAACCAUCCGUUACCAUUCUGUCCUGAUGCCACUCGUCUCUCACUCAGUCCUAAAAGAAGAAAACGUCGAUGUUGAAGGGUUGGAUCAGGAUGUCCCUCAAACUGCACCACAAAAUCCGACUACACCUUCCCAGCAGCCUGCCGGAGGCCUGUGCUCUCGUACCUAUAUAACAUUCAGUGAGGACGAGGCUUUCGAGGCAUCCUUUCCACACAGCGGCCAGUCGAGUCCUCAGCUGCCCGUCCAGGAGGUUUGUCCUGUCACCCACAAGGCCGCACUGUACAGAGACCCGGUCACUGAUAUUCCUUACGCUAACACGCGAGCCUUCCGCAUCAUCCGAGAAGCGUACCGUAAAUACGUGGCUGCUCAUGGAUUUCCAAACACAUCGGGUGGGGUGACGGGACUUGACUCCUCAGCAACGAAGGCUUCCCGCCAGAAAAUGGUUGUCAAGCAGAGUGCUAUGGCAACAUAGAUUAGUUUAAAAAGAGUUCAUGAAAUAAGUCAGUGCUUCUGUUUUGAAUUCAUUAUUUCAGGUAUCAUGAGGACAUGAUGUCUCUGUACACCACCAUGGCGUAAAUAACAUUUCUUCACACAGCUGUCCACAUCCAGUUUCAUCUCCAUUGAGAGUAUGAAAUUACAAGACUUAAAGAACAUAUUAACAUUACCACAACCAAAUCAGUUGGUGCAUUUUCUUAAACUGCAAAAAAAGUAUUGCUUUUGUCUCUGUAUAAAGAAAUUAAUGUUGUGCAUAAACACCCUGACAAAUGGGUAAGUCAUUCGCAGUUUUCUGCAUUUUACAUUUUUACAUUUGAACUCUAUUUGUGAGUCAAAUCUGAUACUGCAGCAUUACCUGUAACAUAACUCUUCAGAUAAAUGUAGUACUACAAAAAUUUCUUCUGAGGUAGAAGUACACAGUAAGUAGUAUACAGCUGAGUUGCACGUUUUUCAAGUGCUUUGGGGGCCUUUUGCAAGUUAUUUUAGGUUGCAAUGACUUAGAACAGUGACAUCAAUAAAUAUUUUUCAUAUCUAAACAUCAUAAUAAAUCUAUAACUGUUUUUAGUUGGGGGCCCCAGGCAGUUGCCUACCUAGCCUCACAGUAAGUUUGUCAUCAACCAGAGUAUAUCUAACUGCUGUUUCUAACUGUGAAGAGCUGCGACUUGGGCUGUGACGCAACUAUGUCGUGGCAGGUGUAGUGCUCAAGACCCAAGGAAGCGCUGUGUCGAGUGUGAUGCCGUUUGUAUUAGCAGUUCACGAGAAAGCUGCAAAUAAUUACACCACAGGCAAAGCAUUCGGCCCGUUAUGAACGGGCAUGUUCUCAACAGAAACUGCAUUGGUAGAUGAAAAACUACAGAUUGGCUUUGGAAGAAAAGUAGUUUUCCCAUUUGCACAUUGGCAGCUUUUUUUUUUUUUCUUAAUAAAAUGCCCUUUUUCUACUGUCAAUAUAAUCGGUUUCUACAAAUGUUCAUAUUUCUCAACAAAAAUAAAUAUU